UGGUGCCUCUCAAAUUCCAUCAGCAAUCUCAAAUCCGAAGAGCCACAGGCACCCUGGCUUCCUGAUCCUACUAAUCGAAUGUCCCAAUCUACCACUUCACUUCCUGAACCCAGUUUUCAGGCCGCCACUGCCGACUUCCAAUCAUAUGUGGGCGAUUCAGAAGUUCUAUCGGGGCGCGAUAACAAGAACAUUGCUGGAGCAGAUGCGGUGAACAUUGCUGGAGCAGAUGCGGUGGUUGCAGAUGAGAAUGCAUCUACCUGUGUGGGGCGCAAUCUAACUCACACUUCACGACUAGCCUCAUUAUCAAAUCCCUCCCUUUCCUCUGCUGUAGCUAAUGAGUUGACUCUAUUCAUGCCCGCUUCCGGCAAGUGGUACAAGGCGCUUUCGGUUCCAGAAAAUGCAGUCGCUCUCUACAUAAGAUUCGCCCAUAAAAGUGACGUAAAGCUGCCAGGGGCAGAGCGUCGCAGCAGCUACUACAAGGUUUACGGCAAUCCAAACUAUGGUGGCAUACAAGGUGUACUCUCACGUUCAUUCCGUCGACGUGCCCGUCAUCAGCGUCUACAAUUAGGCACACUUCUGUCAAAUGGAGAUUUACGCCGAGUGCUAAUGCCUCCGAGUACUUCCACAGAAUCUGGUUAG